GUGCUACCGGUAGACGGACAAAAGUAACGUUAACGUUAUAUGUGGUUGGUGACGGUGCAGCCAAAAUUGACAGGCUCAAACAGCACACUCGUCCGGAAGUUAUCUGGAUUCAAGGAUGUGACAAUCUUGCACUAUCCGGCUUAUCCGGAUAACACGCGAUGUCAAAAAAACAGCGCAUAUCGAAGUGCGCCGACGAUGCUGCUCCAGCACGUGCGUCGGCAGUCCACUUCCUCGCGGGUGCUCAUCGCCGGCGGCGGACCAGUUGGUCUCACGCUUGGCAUUCUCCUGCAGCAUGUGUACAAUGUGCCUGUGGACAUUGUUGAGCGGCAAAUGCAGCCAACGCAGCAUCCGCAGGCGCACUUUAUGAACGUCCGCACGAUGGAAAUCCUGCGCACCCACAUGCCAGUCCUGCACGACCGCAUUCUGGACGCCACCGCUCCGCCGCAACAAUGGCGCGACUACGUCUACUGCUCCCGCGUGAUCCAUGGCGAACUCGCCCGCAUCGAUCAAUUCGGACCAGACAUUGCGCACCACCGCGACGCGUCUGCUUCGGGCUAUCGCAACGAACUGCUCCACGGACUUCAGUCGUUGUCGUCGACCCAACCUGUGCAUUUCCCGCAGCACAAGUUUGAGACGCUCUUAAAUGAGUACGCUGCCGAGUGUGGCGUCCACGUCCGUCGCGGCGAUGAGCUAACCGACCUAAGAGUGUCCACUGGGCGGCACGCCGUCGAUGUCACCCUGCGCAACGAAAAACGGCAGUAUGAGUACGUUGUGGGGGCCGACGGAGCCCACAGCAAGGUCCGAUCCUUGCUGCAGAUCCCGAUGGAAGGGCCCCCGCCGCUGCAAAGUUUGGUGAACGUGCACUUUACAAGCCACGAGCUGGCUGCCCACGCCCGAACGUCGCCCGCCAUGCUCUACUUUAUCUUUAACCCGAGUGUGAUUGGAGUGUUGAUCGCCCACGACCUUGCCAACGGCGAAUGGGUGUUUCAGAUCCCAGUGUUCCCCUUGCAUGACCAACCCCCCCAAGCGAACUUUCCCCCCGACAGAUGCAUCGACCUGAUCCGGGCGGCGGCCGGGGCGCCCUCGUUGGACGUGGCGCUACACUCGGUCGGGGCAUGGAAGAUGACGGCCCAAGUGGCGGCGCAGUACGCCGACGCCAACCACCAAGUGUUUGUCGUGGGUGAUGCUGCCCAUCAGUUUCCCCCCGCUGGGGGCUUUGGCAUGAACACUGGCAUCCAGGACGCUCACAAUUUAGCGUGGAAGCUUGCCCAUCACAUUCACAACCCACCAAAAUCUCCCAUCAAUUCGUCGAUGUCUUGGCUGCCUACAUACGGCGUCGAGCGCAAAGCCAUCGCGUCCGCCAUGACAAAGUUGAGUCUGCGCAACUUUGAACGGACGCUUCGAGUGCCCACCGCGCUCCACGUGUCGUACGACAGCGCCAAGACCCUCGACACGGUGUCGCAUACUCGGCUGUUCCAGUGGCUGCCGCGGGCGCUGCAGUCGUCGGUAGUGUCGACCGCGCUGGCAGCUGGCACGGCCCACUUGGCCACGCUCGACACCGCUGCCACGUCAUCCAUGGGCCGGCACCUCAAGAGCCGGGUACAUGAGAUCGUCUCAUCCCGCCAAGCGCUCGGCAUGCUGGUACGUACGUCGUCGCAUUUCUGCUUUGACCGUUUUACCUCGACUGUGGACUGCUUGCUGUGCUGAUUCGCCAAAUGUAUCGAUCGAUGCUUCGUUGUACUGAAUUUUUUUUGCAUGUAAAGAGGAGUGAGUUGUCCUGGGGGAAUGGAUUGUAAGCACACUAUAUUUCGGUAUCACACUCUUAUACCCUGAUGAUGGUUUCCUGCAAUCUGAUUGGCUCCAUUCUGGUGCCGAAAUUUUGUACAUUUGUUUGUCGCAUCAUUUUCUCCAAGUCGUUUUGAUCGUUUGAAUUAAAUAUAAAAUUGAUUGAUGAUAUUUUUUCUUUAUGGCCGAGUGUGGAUGCUGUGGAUGCCACUGAAAAUUCGAUGUCAAAUAAUAUUCUGACGUUCCCUUUUCAAAUGGGAGGUGAGAAAAUAUUUUCAAAAAUAUAAUAUAUGGCACCUCUGGAUGCCAUGAUAAAAUGAGGACUAUUGCUGGAAUAUCAUGUUGGUUAAAAUGGACAGUUGCAGUUGGAACCUUUUACUGUCAGAAAACAGUAAAAAUUCAAUGUAUUAUGUCCAUCAUAUAUUUAUGUCAGCUUUGGUAGCCAUACACGCAAAAGUUGUCGCUUGAAAUAUUGUCCAAAUAUUUCUGAAAAGUUGCAAAAAGAGGUGUUUUCUGACAUUUUUUGUGGUAGCCAGAGUGUCCGUAAAUAUUUUUAUUAAUAUUUUUAAAUAAGAAAAAGAACUCCAAACACUUUCGCCCCAGCUUAGAAAAAAUACAACAAUCAAUGUCUCGAGGGAAAACACAACAUGCAAAUAAACGUUCCAGUUAACUAUAUAUGUAUAUAUAUUAUAUAUUAUAUACGCUUGCUUUGUCCCUUGAGUGAUUUGUUUCGUCAAACUGACCGCUGCUGCUGCUAUUGUAUUGCUGUUUGGGUCUAGUUUUACAACGCCGACAUUGGGUACUCGUACAACAAGAAUGCAUCAUCCCUCGAAACGUCAGACGCUGCGCUCAACCAAGCCCACCGCUUCCAUGUCCCUCCGAGUCGACCAUUCGACGACUCUGUCGCAGAUUCCAAAGCCCCCCCAGACUUAGUCGAUGUCGUGUUUACGCCACAGCUGCACGAGGGCCACCGCCUUCCUCAUCAAUGGCUGUGCAAGUUACACGACGACCCAAAAACGCACCCCCCCACCAAUCGCUGGUCCACACUCGACCUCCCCCAGCGGGUGCUAUUGACUACCCCUAAAAACGGUGGGCCCAACUUCGUGCUCGUCGUACAGCCUGCCACGUAUUCCCACCUCGCCGCAGCCGAUGGCGCGUUGCCCUCGACAGUGGCCAUCGUGGUGCUGUACCCCAGCAACAACAUGGUCACUGCAGUCGAUAAAAAUCACCAAACGCUUGGCCAUCACGCCUAUGUGUACACGGAAGCAACCGCCGUGACGGCCACCGCCGCCAUCCUCGUGCGGCCAGAUGGACAUGUGGCCCGAAUUUGGUCGCUGGCCACCGACGUGUCGCCCGCCAGUGUCCACACUGCCAUGUCCAACGGCGUCUAACCGGUUGUAGAAGUUGUCAUAUACUCUCUCAACAUGACGAGUUUUGAAUACUAGUAAAUAGCAAAAAAUACUCAUCGACGAUUUCGUCGUAAUUUUAGCAUAAACGUACGUGCAC